AUGUUUUAUAUUAGAAAAAUUUUGGAAUCAAUUAAGAGUAACCUUAAUAUUUCUGCUUCAGCUGCUUUGAUACUUGUUAUAUUUUUUCUCUCUAAAGCUAAAACAAAUCCAACUUUACCAGUUGUUAAAAUUAGCAACUUUAUGUUGGUACUCUAAAAAAAAUUAGUAGAAGAAGUAGUUUAUGAUGGAACUCACAUUAUAUUCAGAUGUGUUAAUUAAGCCUAAUGGAUGUCAACUUAAGCUAAACCCAUGAUAAAUGGAAAAGAAUUGCUCAAGGCAUUAGUGUAAGAAUUUUACCUAUAUAUUUUAGUGAGUAUGGUGUUCCUAAAUUUUAUAAUUCCACCUAAAUCUAUUACUCUGAAAAAUAAAUAAUGUAUUUACUUAUGAGUAUAGCCGCUACGUCUUAUGUUUUUGGAAUAGUAGCAUCUCAUUUCAUAAACUUCAGAGGAUUUUCAAAUAAAUCUAUGAUUGCUUAGCCAACAGGAGUCAAAUUUUCGAAUAUUUAUGGUUUGAAUCAUGCAAAAAAAUAACUCUAAUAAAUAAUUGAAUAUUUAUAAGAUCCUUAAAAAUUUAGGAGUGUAGGUGCUAGAUUAAGAAGAGGAGUUAUGAUUUAUGGUCCUCCAGGAACUGGAAAAACUAUGCUUGCCAAAGCUACUGCAACAGAAAGCAAUGUAUAGUUUUUAUAUUGUUCUGCAACUGAAUUUAUAGAAAUCUAUGUUGGAACAGGUCCUAAAAGAGUUAGAGAAUUAUUUACAAAAGCAAGAUAAAUAUCUCCAUCAAUUAUUUUUAUUGAUGAAAUUGAUAGUAUUGCAUAUAAAAGGAAAAACUAAAACUUUGGAGCAGAAACUGGUAGUGAUAAUGAAAGGGUAAGCACACUCAAUUAAUUACUUACAGAAUUAGAUGGAUUUAAAGAGAAUGAAAAUAUUGUUGUAAUAGCAGCAACAAACAGAAUUUAAAUUUUAGAUGAUGCUCUUCUUAGAAGUGGUAGAUUUGAUAUCAAAAUAGAGAUUCCAUAACCAUCAGAAAAUGAUAGAAAAGGCAUUCUUGAAGUUCAUUUAAAAAAUGUAAUAUAUAAAUUAUUAAGUCAUAUAGAAAAAACAUUAAAUAACUUCAGGAAUGGUUGAUAUUGUAGCAAAGAAUACAAAUGGAUUUUCUGGAGCUGAUAUGGAAAAUAUUACAAAUGAAAGUGCAUAUAUAGCUAUAGAAAAAUAAUAAGAGUUCAUCAUAGAUGGAGAUUUCUUGGAAGCAUUCAAAAAGAUUAGUUUAGAAAAACAACACAUGAUGGGCUAAUGA